AUGGAUCCCGCAUCUAUCGCCGGCAUCGGUUUGGCGAUAGUCCCGCUUGCAGUUCAGUCAAUCAAAUCACUCAAAAGCACCGUUGCUCGUUACAAAGGUCGUGAUAACACCCUUGCCAGGCUAUAUCAUGUGCUUGAGGAUCUGGACAACAUUAUGGGUGCACUAGAACGAGCUGUCGUCGCGGAAGCAACAACGCGAUCUCUUCUAGAAGGCCCUGUUAGCCGAUGUAAUCUUCUAUGUCGCGAAUUCGAGACCGCUAUGCAAAAAUUUAGCGGGAAGUCUAAGAUGGGCUUUCUAGAUUGGGCCAAGAUGGAGUUUAUGACGAGCGACAUCAACGAGUUCAUGGAUAGGUUGGCAGGGUAUAAAGCGACGAUCUCGGUAGGCUUAGGCAUUAUCACCAUGCAAACAUCUACACUCUCCAACAAAGUAUUGGAAGACUAUAAUGAGGUAAUCCAGGACACAGUUUACACCCUCAAUAUGAAUCUACAGCGCCUUGAUGAUAAAAUGGAGCUUCUUAUCCAAGAAAGCAAUAGCACUAGAGCUUCAGAUACGAGCAUUGACCUGAAGGAUGAAAGGGUAGUGACGGAGCAAUGCAUCCGAAUUUGCAAAGAUGCUAGCUCUUACAUCGAGUCUCUAGCAGAACGGGAAGAAUCUCUGAAGGAUCAAUUUCCCUCAGCAUCCGUUACUGACAGCCAGGCUCCAUUCGAGGCACAGCUACUUAUACGCCGAACCUUGAAUGAGAGUCGGGACAACCUUGCCCAAACCAUCGGCCGGCUUCAGGAACGGUUGGAAUCCAUGGCGACAAGUGGGACCCCCAAGAGUGACCUCGGAUACCAGCAGUUAGAGGAAGAUCUAAAAACCUCAAAGCAAUGUUUGGAGUUGUGCAAAAAUGCAUCCGAGCAGGUUGCGAAUCAAAAGGUCUACACCGUCGGAGAGAUGGUUGCUGACGGUGACAGCGAUCAAGUCGUCAUCACGACUCUUGCAGACCUCUUUGACGUCAGGAAAGCGUCGUCAACGAACAGAUCAGCGCAGUGGAUAGGGUCCUUGACGGACGAAACAGCGCGACAAGUGUCUAAAGAUCGAUACAGUAGUCGUUUUGGUGCUGUGACCACGACUGGGGCUGGCAAUGGCAUCAGUACCAUGUCUUCGGCGUCUAACAGUCACGAAGUCAACAGUAGUCUGCCGCAACGACUGGGGAAGGCAGGGCAGCCAGCGGCGUCAGAGACACUACAUAGGCGGCCGACCCCCAAUGAGAUGAGAAAACGAACAAUGGAAGAUGAUGACGUAAAGGAGGAGCGUCGAUAG